CUUUUUAUUCGUCUGCUUCCUUGCCUCGUUUCCUUUCCUAAUGUGGACUUUACAUUAUUGAAUCCAACUGAUCACCAAUCUCCCCCUUUCCUUUUCCUGCUCUCCUGGGUUUCUUCCCCUUUUUUCCCAAUCAGCUUGGACCCGUUUCUGUUUUCACCCACCUCACAAAUCAAGCUCUGCUGUUUCGAAGAUAUGCAAACAGUACGAAUUGGUUUGUGUAAGAAGCGUUUAUGAUCAAUUUUGACUGCCAGAGCUCAAUCCUUGCUGGGUUUUCUGUAAUCGGAGCUCUUCUGGGCCGUUCAAUUUUCUUGGUUUGUAGCUGACCUGGAAGAGGGUUUUCUGUAGAUUCUCUUCAAUUAACCGUGUUGGUCCGAAUGGGGACGAACUUGAAUUUCAGGAACUUCACCAACGACUUCGUUUCCUCCUCCGACGCCGGCCGGCAGCAGCAGCAACCGGUGACGCCGUUAAACUUCCCGUUGGCAAGGCAGUCGUCAAUAUACUCUUUGACAUUUGACGAGUUCCAAAGCACGGUGGGUGUUCCGGGGAAGGACUUUGGGUCGAUGAAUAUGGACGAGCUGCUCAAGAACAUAUGGAGCGCGGAGGAGAAUCAGAAUCUGAACAUGGCGGCGGCGGCGCUGCCGGUUCAUGACGGUCUGCAGCGGCAGGGGUCGCUAACCCUGCCCAGGACUCUGAGCCAGAAGACGGUGGAUGAUGUGUGGAAGGACAUAUGGAGGGAGUACGGUAGUGGAAGUGGUGCAGCUACUGAGAAAAAUGAGGUUGUCCCACAAAGGCAGCAGACCUUAGGGGAAAUGACCUUGGAGGAGUUUCUGGCGAGAGCUGGUGUCGUUAGAGAAGAUAAUAGUAGUGGUAAGACACAUGUAGCAGUAGGAGGGAAGGUUCAGCAAAGCAAUGGAGGUGGUGCUGGUGGUUUCUUUGCUGAUUUGUCUAGACAAGGGAAUAGCAAUCACAACAGCACUAACAAUGGUUUUGGAAUGGUGGGUUUGAUUAGUAGUAAUGGUAACGCUAAUCCGAUUUCGAUGCAACCGGCAUCGAACUUGCAUUUGAAUGUGAAUGUGGAUGGUGGUGUCAGAUCAAAUCAAGUUCAAUCACAGGUACAGCAGCAGCUGUCGCCGCUGCCACAGAUCUUUCCAAAGCAGGCUAAUAAUGGAGGGAGUUAUGGGCUGUCACUGCAGGGGAUUGGUGGUGCUAAUGGGUUGAUGCAAGGUGGGAUGGUUUCACCGGCUAGCCAGAUUUCGUCAGAUGGGAUAGGGAAGAGCAAUGGGGACACUUCUUCUGUGUCACCUGUUCCUUAUGUGUUUAAUGGAAGUAUGAGGGGGAGGAGACCUAAUACUACAGUUGAGAAGGUGGUUGAGAGGAGGCAGAGAAGGAUGAUCAAGAAUCGAGAGUCAGCUGCUAGGUCGCGUGCUCGUAAGCAGGCUUACACUAUGGAGUUGGAAGCAGAAGUUGCAAAAUUAAAAGAGGAGAAUGAUGAACUUAGGAGGAAGCAGGUUAAUCUUUAUGUUCCUUUGUUUGCUUUGCUGAAUCAACUUGUUUCACUCUGUUAACCUAUUUAGCUUAGCUGAUGAUGGAGGUUUUGGCUUGCUUGCUGCAGGACAAAAUCAUGGAGGUGCAGAAAAAUCAGGUGUGCCUUUCUGAAAGUUUCUGACCUUCAAUGUGGAGAUGCACUUUUAGCCAUUUUUUCUAAUCCAUUGGGAAUUUGUUUUGAUGGUGUGUGCGGAACAGGUGAUGGAGAUGAUGAGCAUGGAGAAUGGAGGGAAGAGGAGGUGCUUGCGACGAACACUGACCGGUCCAUGGUGAACAGUUUUUCUGUUACAUAGAGGAUUGGGAGGGAGAGGGGAGAAGGGUUCUUGCUUUGGUGCAUGGGAGAAGAUGAUCUUCUGAGGAUGGUAGUCUGUAGUUUGGAAGUUGUUUCCAGAUCAUGGGUUUAUAGCUGAUUUGUGCAUAGGCUAACCAGACCAAUAGUUGAUUAAAUUCAUGGCCUUCUUUCUUUAUA